AUGGUGAGGAUGCCCUCUGCUUCUUUAUUAGUUAAUCUUCUUUUAGCAUCACUCAUCAGUUUUACAUCGGGAGAAACAGAAGUAAGGUUUGGUGGACAAACGGAAUUUGUAGUUAAUGAAACAAGUACAACAGUUAUACGUCUGGUUAUUGAGAGGACAGGAGAGCCAGCCAACGUCACAGCAAUUGUAUCGGUUGACGGAGAAGACACAGGUGAUUUUUUUGAUACUUACGCAGCAGCAUAUAUACCUGAUACAGAAACAAAUAGAACCGUGUAUAUAUCAGUCUGUGAUGAUGACCUGCCAGAGGCUGAUGAGACAUUUAUAUUUUACUUGACAUUACAGAAACCAUCUUCAAAGUUAAAGCUUGGAUACCCCAGAUCUGUCACUGUAACAAUCUUAUCAAAUGACAAUGCCUUCGGAAUUAUUUCUUUCAAUAUGUCUGCCUUAAUCACAGUGAAUGAGCCUAGGGGUAGAAAUGAAUCUGUGCCUCUCACUCUAAUUAGGGAGAAGGGAACCUAUGGGACUGUGACUGUGACUUUUGAGAUAGGAAAUGGUCCAAACGCAGCUGAAGAGGACUUGAGUCCAGCUAAGGGCAAUAUCACAUUUCCUCCUGGGAAAGCAGUGCUAAUUUAUAAUUUAACAGUGCUCGAUGACCAGAUCCCAGAAGAUGAUGAAUUGUUUAUUGUGCAUCUGAGAAGUGUAGCAGGAGGGGCUGAAAUUAACACCACAAGAAACUCUGUCCAGAUUAUUAUUAAGAAAAAUGACAGCCCUGUGCGGUUCACUCAGAGUGUUUAUAUGGUGCCUGAGGAGGCUGAUGUGCUACCAAUACAAGUGCUUCGUGGUAAAGAUGACAGCGGAAAAAUAAUUGGACCUGAUGAAUAUGAAGUCUCUGUCAGUUACAUCAUUAUAACUGGCAAUACAACAGCGCAUGCACAGCUUAAUUUAGACUUCUUAGAUCUUCAGCCAAAUACGACUAUUGUUUUUCUACCUUAUGUUCAUGAAACUUAUAUAAAAUUUAAAAUAAUUGAUGAUGCCAUACCAGAAAUUGCUGAGACCUUUCAAAUUAUGCUGCUUAAGGACAGUCUGCAAGGAGAUGCUGUUUUAAUAAGUCCUUCUCUUGUUCAUGUCACCAUCAUGCCCAAUGACAAACCCUAUGGAGUACUAUCCAUCAACAGUAUUCUGUUUGCUCAGACUGUUAUCAUCGAUGAAGACCAAACUUUAAGGUUUGAAGGAAUCACGGUUGUAAGAAAUGGUGGAACACAUGGAAAUGUUUCAGUUAGCUGGAUUAUAGUUCGUAAUAGCAGUGAUCCUUCACCUGUGACUGCAGACCUCACUCCAGAAUCUGGGGAGCUGCAUUUUGCCCAGGGACAGAUGUUGGCAACACUUCCCCUGAACAUCAUUAAUGAUGAUAUCCCAGAAGAGGCAGAGGCCUAUCUGCUGAGAAUUCUAGCUCAUACAAUAAAGGGGGGUGCAGAAGUGAGUGAACCAUCUGAGCUUUUGUUUUACAUUCAGGACAGUGAUGAUGUGUAUGGUGUAAUAACAUUUUAUCCUUUGGAGAACCAGAGGAUUGAAAGCAACCCAACAGGGCGUUUUUUGUCCUUAAGCUUUGCAAGGCAAAGAGGCACAAUUGGGGUUGUGAAGUUGAUUUAUACAGCACUGUACAUUCCUGCUGGAGCUGUGGUUCCUGAGCGAGCAAAAGAUGGCAUCCUAAAUAUUUCUGGAAGAAGCUUCCUCAUCUUUCCAGAAAGUAAAACCCAGGACAUCUUAAAUCUACCGAUAAGAAAUGAUGCAUUUCUUCAAAAUGGGGCACAUUUCCUCAUAAAGCUGGAAAGAGUCGAGCUAGUGAAUAUCAUUCCUCCAAUUCCAUCUGUAAGUCCUAGAUUAGGAGAAGUUCAAAAUAUUUCCCUAAGGAUAACUCCUGACAUUGCAAAUGGGGAAAUUGGCUUUACUAGCAAUCUUCCAAUCAUUCUUUUUGAGCCAGAAGAUGUUCCUGCUACAGUGGUCUCCAUUGCUUUGCAUCGAGAUGGGACUGAUGGUCAGGCAACUGUGUUUUGGAGUCUAAGACCUUCUGGCCUCAAUCCAAGAGCAGUAACACAUGAUGAUAUAGGUCCUUUUAAUGGCUCUGUUGUCUUUUUAUCCGGACAAAGUGAUACUACAAUCAACAUUACUGUCAAAGCAGAUGAUAUCCCAGAAAUGAAUGAAACUGUGACAUUAACUUUGGACAGGGUCAGUGUGGAAAAUCAGAUCCUUAAAUCUGGCUUUACUACUACUGAACUGAUUAUUUUGGAAAAUGAUGAUCCUGGUGGAGUGUUUGAGUUUUCUCCCUCCACUAGAGGACCCUAUACUAUAAAAGAAGGGGAAUCUGUUGAGCUUCAGAUUGUCCGCUCCAGGGGGACACUGCUUAGGCAAUUUUUACGCUACACCGUAGAGCCCAGAGAUAGCGAGUUCUAUGGAAGCACAGGAAUCCUGGAGUUUAAGCCUGGUGAGAGGGAAAUUGUAAUUACUCUGCUGGCAAGGAUGGAUGGGAUUCCAGAGCUGGAUGAGCAUUAUUCUGUGGUACUCAGUAGACACAGUGAGAUGCCAGGCAAGUUGGGAAAUGCCACAAGAGUCAAUAUAACCAUUCUGAAAAAUGAUGAUCCACAUGGAAUAAUUCAGUUCUUCCCAGAUGGGCUAACAGUAACAAUAAAUGAAAGUAAAGGAGAAGAAGUUUAUGCUGCUGUUUACAGAAUUGUAAGAAACCAAGGAAAUUUUGGCAAUGUAAGUGUGUCUUGGAUUGUUGAUCCAGCCUGUACCAAUGAUAUCUAUCCAGAGCAAGGGACAGUUUUCUUUGGACACCAGGAAUAUUCCAAAAAUAUCACUAUUUAUUCAUUGCCAGAUGAGCUACCUGAAGAAAUGGAAAUAUUCAUCAUCAGCUUUUUCAAUGCAACUGGAGGAGCUAGAAUGGGGAACAUAACAAGUGCAGUUUUACAGAUCACGAGGAAUGAUGAUCCCAUUUAUUUUGCAGAUCCUGUAGUUGUGAAAGUUCAGGAAGGAGAUAUUGCUAACUUCACUGUUUUAAGGAAUGGAUCUGCUGAUGUUGCUGUUGCUGUCCUGUAUGCCACUGUAAAUGGAGAAGCCACAGUUGAAGAGGGAGAUUUUAUUUCCAGUGGAAGGAGUGAGGUCCUUUUUUUUGCUGUUGGGGAAAGACAGCAUAAUAUAUCUGUAUAUACCAAUGAAGAUGAUAUCCCUGAAACAGAUGAAGCAUUUUACAUCAUUCUCUUUAAUUCUACAGGUGACACUGUGGUCUACAAGUCUGGAAUGGCUACAGUUAUCAUUGAAGCUAAUGAUGAUCCUAAUGGCAUUUUCUCUUUGGAAUCUAUUGACAAGGCAGUGGAGGAAGGCAAAACUACUAGUUUUCUGAUUAUAAGGCACAGAGGACACUUUGGCAAUGUUUCCUUGACCUGGCAGCUGUUUAAGAAUGAUUCUUCUCUGGAACCAGGACAAGAAUUCUAUGAAACAUAUGGGACUGUGUGGUUUUUGGAUGGUGAAGCAUCAAAACCAAUAACUCUUCAUGCUAUCCCUGAUAAAAUUCCUGAAUUCAAUGAAUUUUAUACUCUAAAAUUGGUGAAUGCCUCAGGUGGGACUCCAGGCCCUGGUGGCCAGUUAGCUGAAACCAGCCUUGCUGUAACUGUAAUGAUCCCAUUCAAUGAUGACCCUUUUGGAGUCUUUGUCAUAGAUCCAGAGAGCCAGGACAGGGAGAUAGCAGAAGAUGUUCUCUCUGAAGAUGAUCUCUCCUGUAUUACAAACUUUACAAUUUGGAGGCAGCAGGGCACCUUUGGAGAUGUCCAGAUUGGCUGGGAAAUAUUGUCUGGUGAAUUCCAAGCAGGACUACCACCAAUGAUGGACUUCUUAUUGCUUGGCUUGUUCCCUGCUUCGGUACAGUCACAACCUCACAUGAGGCGUCAUCACAGUGGAACUGAUGCUUUGUACUUCAGUGGAAAUGAGGAUGCAUUUGGGAUUGUUGGCCCUGAGUACCAGGACAGCACAAAUAACACACUUGCCAAUUUUACGUUUUCAGCUUGGGUGAUUCCUAACCCUAAUAGUGAUGGGUUUAUAAUAGCAAAGGACAAUGGAAAUGGGACCUUAUAUUAUGGUGUGAAAAUCCAAACCAAUGAAUCCCAUGUUACUGUUAUGCUUCACUAUGCAACAUUGGGAUCUAACGUUACAUAUGUGGCUAAGAAAACUAUCAUGAAAUACCUGGAGGAAAAUACUUGGCUUCACCUUCUGAUUACCUUGGAUGAUGGCAUAAUUGAGUUUUACAUAGAUGGCAAUCCAGUGACUGGUGGAAUGAAGAGUCUGAAGGGAGAAGCUAUUGCUAAUGGUCCUGGGAUAAUGAGAGUUGGUGCAGGGAUGAAUGGUCGUAGCAGGUACACAGGUUUCAUGCAGGAUGUAAGGCUUUAUGAGCGUAAAUUAACACGACCAGAAAUCUAUGAACUUCACGCAACUCCUGCAAAGAGUGAUAUGCACCCUAUCUCCGGGUAUUUGGAAUAUCGACAGGGAGAGACCAAUAAAUCGUUCAUUGUGUCUGCAAGAGAUGACAAAGAGGAGGAAGGAGAAGAGUUAUUUAUACUUAAGCUUAUCUCUGUGCGUGGGGGAGCUCGAAUUUCGAAAGACAAUACUACAGCAAGAUUAAGAAUACAAAAAAGUGAUAAUGCCAAUGGUUUGUUCGGCUUCACAGGUGCAUGUAUUCCUGAGGCAGCUGAGGAGGGUUCUACUGUAUCCUGUGUUGUGGAACGUACAAGGGGAGCCCUGGACUAUGUAUACAUAAGUUACGUUAUCUCGCAGAUCGAUUCCACUGGCAUUAAUUACUCUGUUGCUGAUUUUGCAAAUGCCAGUGGCACUAUCACAUUCCUUCCUUGGCAAAGAUCAGAGGUUUUAAACUUGUAUGUGGUUGAUGAUGACAUUCCUGAGCUAAAUGAAUAUUUCCGUGUGACGCUAGUGUCUGCAAUUUCCGGAGAUGGAAAACUAGGUUCAACUCCAACCAGUGGAGCAAGCAUAGAUCCAGAAAAGGAAACUACGGAUAUCACCAUCAAAGCCAGUGACCACCCUUAUGGGUUGUUACAGUUCUCUUUGGGGCCUCCUCCUAAGCCCAGUGAUAAAAUGAUUUUGCCAGCAUCAACUGUGCCCCGUAUUACUGUUAAAGAAGAAAUUGGACAUGUCAAAUUAUUGGUAGUUCGUGCACAGGGCCUUCUUGGAACAGUUAUGGUGGAAUACAGAACGGUAUCACUGACAGCAUUCAGUCCAGAAGACUAUCAGGGAAUUGCAGGCACCUUAGAAUUUCAGCCAGGAGAAAGAUACAAGUAUAUUACAAUUAACAUCACAGAUAACUCAGUCCCUGAACUGGAAAAAUCUUUUCAAGUUGAGCUGCUGAACCCAAAAGGAGGAGUUGCUGAACUCUUUAGAAAUGAUGGCAGUGGUAGUGGUGAUGGGGACAUGGAGUUCUUCCUUCCAGCUGUCCAUCAGCAUGCCAGCUUAGGAAUAGCGUCCCACAUCAUUGUAACCAUUGAAGCCUCUGAUGAUGCUCAUGGUGUGUUUGAGUUCAGCACUGAGUCACUUUUUGUCAAUGGAACAGAACCCGAAGAUGGAGAGAGCACAGUUGUGCUACAAGUUCUCAGAAAGCAUGGGGCCUUAUCCCAGGUUACAUUGCAUUGGAUCAUAUUCUGCGAUCCUGAUGAAGACCUAAUUUCUACCUAUGGCAACAUAAUUUUUGAUAUUGGACAAAGAAGAGCACAUAUAACAGUGCAAGUUGCACCUGAUGAAGUUCCUGAACUUGAUAAGAUGUUUUUUGUUUUGCUCAUGAAUGUUUCCAAUGGUCAUCUUGGAAAUCAUACUAAUGCUACAUUAACUGUCCUGGCUAAUGAUGAUCCAUAUGGACUUUUUAUCUUUUCUGGGAAAAACAGACCAAUCAAAGUUGAGGAGGAAACCAAAAACAUUACCCUAACAAUAGUAAGGUUACACGGUCUUCUCGGUACAGUUAUGAUAGCAUACAGAACCAUGGAUGAUGAUGAAAAGUCACCUUUUCUGCCCUCAAAUGUUGCCAGAGCAACAGAAGGAAAAGAUUAUUUACCCAUUUCUGGAUCUGUGAUCUUCAUGGCAAAUAAAAGCGAAGCUACCAUACUGCUUCCUAUUUUGGAUGAUGAGGAUCCAGAAAGGUCAGAAUCAGUAUUUGUAGAGCUAUUUGAUGUCACUUUGGUGGAAAAAGUACAGGAUCGGCCAAUUGAGAAUUCUCCCCGCCUGGGACCUAAGGGUGAAACAAUAGCUCAAGUAAUUAUCAAUGCCAAUGAUGAUGCUUUUGGAACACUUCAGCUUUCAGCUUCAAUUGUGCGAGUUGCUGAAAAUUAUGUUGGACCAAUCAUCAACGUGACCAGGACUGGAGGAAUUUUUGCAGAUGUUUCUGUGAAAUUUAAAGCUGUGCCAAUAACUGCAAUAGCUGGUGAAGACUACAGUGUAGCCUCAUCAGAUGUUGUCUUACUAGAAGGGGAAACCAGUAAGGCUGUGCCAAUUUAUAUAAUUAAUGAUAUCUACCCUGAGACGGAAGAGUCCUUUCAAGUGCAGCUGCUGAAUCAGACUACAGGAGGAGCCUUGCUUGGAGCAUUAAUUCAGGCCAUCAUAAUCAUUGAGGCUUCUGAUGACCCAUUUGGAUGUUUUGUUUUUCAGAUCACUGAACUCACAGUGGAAGAGCCCGAAUUCAAUUCGGUGACAGUAAGCCUGCCAAUAAUACGCAAUGCUGGGACACUUGGCAAUGUUACUGUAGAGUGGGUUGCUACCAUAAAUGGACAACUUGCAGCUGGUGACUUGCGGGUUGUCUCGGGUAACAUUAGCUUUGCCCCUGGGGAAACUGUUCAGACACUGUUGUUGGAGAUCUUGGAUGAUGAUGUUCCAGAAAUUGAAGAGAUUAUCCAUGUGGAAUUAACUCGGGCUUCCAACAGUGGUGCUAUUGGAUCAGAUAGAGUGGCAAAUAUUAUAAUACCUGCCAAUGAUAAUCCUUAUGGCACAGUGUUCUUUCAGCACCCCUUGUAUAGAUUUCAGGAGCCGUUGGAAAGAAGUUCUCUUGCAAACAUAACUGUUCAAAGAAGCGGGGGAAGAUUUGGUCAGCUUCAGAUAUUCUACAGCACUUCUGAGAUUGAUGUUGUAGCUCUUGCAAUGGAAGAAGGCCAGGAUGUACUUACCUAUUACGAAAAUCCUGUGCAAGGAAUUCCUGACCAGCCAUCAAAGACUAGAGUGAAUGUGUCAGCAGCAGGUGAUCCAUUAUAUACCUGUGCCACUCGGUGCCUAAAAGAACAAGCAUGUUCAGCCUUUACAUUUUCUAGUGCCUCUGGAAUUCCUUUGUGCUUCUGGCUGACAUCAUGGAUAAGUCCAGUAAACAACAACUCGGGAUUCUGGACCUACAAGAAAAAUGUCACCAGUGUAUCUUUUGUUUUUAGCGCACAAGCCAUUGCUGGUAGUGACUACGAAUCAGUUACAAGGCAAUGGGCCAUAAUGUCAGAAGGUGAAGAGUUUGCAAAUCUCACAGUUACCAUACUUCCUGAUAGCUUGCCAGAGUUGGAUGAGAAAUUCAUUAUAUCCCUUUUGAAAGUUGAACUGAUGAACAUCUCAGCCAUCUUAAAAAACCAGCCAACUAUAGGACAGCCAAAUACCUCCACAGUUGUCAUAAUGAUGAAUGGAGAUGCCUUUGGAGUGUUUAUGAUCUACAGUAUAAGUCCCAAUGCAACAGAAGAAGGUCUCUAUUUGGAAGUGGAAGAACGACUUCAGACUGAUGUGCAGUUAAUGAUACACAGAACAGAAGGCAGCAUGGGGCAGGUGACAGUGGAAUGGCGAGUAACUGGUGGAACAGCUACUCCAUACAUGGAUUUUAUAGGUGAUGGUGAAAUUCUGGUGUUUGCUGAAGGUGAAACUAAAAAAAUGGUCACGUUGACUAUUUUAGAUGACCCAGAGCCAGAAGAUAAUGAAAGUAUUAUAAUCAGCCUGACCUAUACUGAAGGAGGCAGCCGUAUUCUGCCCAGUUCUGACAGUGUCACUCUGAUUAUUCUGGCCAAUGACAAUGUAGCUGGAGUUAUUAGCUUUCAGACAGCCUCAAGAUCUGUUAUUGGCCGUGAAGGAGAACACUUGCAGUUCCAUGUUCUAAGAACUGCCCCUGGACUGGGAAAUGUUACUGUUAACUGGAAAAUUGUUGGUGAUCGUGUAGAACAAAAUUUUGAAAACUAUUCUGGAAUACUCUUCUUUCCUGAGGAAUCACUGAAUGCAUCAUUCAUUGUUCAUCUGCUGGAUGACCAUAUUCCUGAAGAAAAGGAAGAAUAUAAACUCAUCCUAUAUGACAUCAGAACCCAAGGAAUUCCUUCAACAGGUGCUGCUGUUUUGGAUAGCCAAGGGUAUGAAGCUAUUCUGACAGUUGAGGCUAGUGAUGAACCACAUGGAGUUUUGAAUUUUGCUUCUUCAUCCAGGAUAGUUUUAGUCCAAGAGGGAAAUAGAACCAUCCAGCUUUUUAUCAACAGAGAAUAUGGAUCUUUAGGUGUUAUCAAUAUCACAUAUACAACAGUUCCAGGAUACCUUAAAUUAAGGAAUCAGACAGAAGGGAUCUUGGCUGAACCUGGAGUUGAUUAUAUACCUGUUUCUGGAUCAUUCCUUUUAGGGGAAGGUGAAACAUCAGCUGCCAUAAAUAUUACCAUUCUGGAGGAUGAUAUUCCAGAGGUGCAGGAAUUCUUCCUUGUUAAUUUAACGUCAGUUGAGCUCAUCUUGUAUCCUAUGACAACAUCUCCUCCCAAACUGGAUAUAGAAGGCAUGUCUGCUCAGAUUAUUAUUGAUGCCAAUGAUGGAGUCAAAGGAGUAAUUGAAUGGCAGAAUACCAAUUUUGAAAUAGAUGAAAACCAAGGGAUUCUGACAGUAGUAGCAUACCGGGACAGAGGAUCAUAUGGCAAUGUAUCUUUGUUUUUCUAUGCCCAGAAUCUGGAGGCCUACCUGGGUUUGGAUUAUAAUGUGUCCUCAAGGACUCUUUAUUUUGCUGAUGGAGAAAGGUAUAAAUUCAUUGACAUUGUGAUUUUUGAUGAUGAUAUUCCUGAAGGUGAUGAGAGAUUCCAGUUAAUUUUAACAAAUCCCUCUGUGGGACUGGAGCUAGGGAAGAACACAACAGCCACAGUCACCAUCCUUGCUAAUGAUGACGGUCAUGGAGUUUUGUCAUUUAAUAAUAGUGAUCACUUCUUCCUAAAGGAGCCAACAGCUCUCGACUUUAUGGAAAGUGUUGCAGUACUGAAUAUUAUUAGGGAACCCCCUCGGGGGAUAUUUGGCACUGUGACUGUUCAGUAUAUCAUAAGAGAAAUGAAUUCAUCAGAUGUGACAGUGGAUCUGACCCCUUCACAAGGAUAUAUUGUGCUGGAAGAAGGAGUCAGAUUAAAGACUCUGCACAUUACUGCCAUACUUGAUGCAGAACCAGAAAUGGAUGAACAUUUUAUUGUCACUCUGUUCAACCCAACGGGAGGAGCCAGACUAGGCACAAAAAUAGAAACUAUGAUCACGGUGUUACAGAACCAGGCCCCUUUGGGACUUUUUAGUAUCUACCCAGUUUCAAAUAGAACCAACUUUCUGGUAGUUGAAGAAGCCAACACUACAGUUUACUUGAAAAUAUCUCGGAGUAAUGGGCUCAACACAUCUGUGAGUGUAGAGUGGGAGACCUUGUCCAACACUGCAUUUGGCAUAAAGGAUGGUAUCAGUGUGCUAUCUGUCUUUCAAACUUUUGUGGAAGAGUCAGAAUGUAGCUGGUGUUUUUUUACGUCAGGAGAUUCUUUAUAUGGUGUUCUGAUGCGUAGAACCCCAUCUAGUUUUUCUUCAAUUUAUCAAUGGCGUGGAAUUUUUGUUCUAAUUGAGGAUUUCAGUAUCUGGAAUCCUCAGAGCUGUAUGACGUUUCAGAUCGGUGGCACCAACUAUCUGGUGAUUACUCAUGGAGAAAUGAAACGGGGAUCAGCCGACAAUAGUGUGUAUGCAUUCACACCUGGAGUCAGAAUCCAGCUGAUACAGACACUGUCAGUUCCAGAAAGCAGAGAUGUUAAACAUUUCACUUUGGACCAGAAAGACUAUUUGGUUAUUGCAAGUCAGACAACUGAUUCCAAAUCCAUCCAGGUUUUCCAGUGGAAUAAAAGGAUAUUUACAUUACAUCACCAACUCCCACUUAAUGGAGCUCUUUCAACAGCCUUGUUUUCCAGAGGGGGUAUUAUAUACUUAGUAAUUUCUCUGUCAAGUGCCAGCCAAAAUACCCUUCUGUACCAGUGGUCGGAUAAUGAGUUUAAAGAGCUUAAUCAAGUGCCAGUAAAUGAAAUAACACACAUGGAGGCCUUGACUUCCGGAUCUGAUAUCUAUUUAAUAGUAGCAAAAGAAUCCAGUAAUUCAAUUGAAAUUUUAGUCUGGGAAACAGGACAAUCUUUCUUCAGGCAUUUUCAAUCCCUUCCAUUUUAUGCCAUAACCAAAAUCCACUCCUUCAUGCCCCCUUCAGGUUUAGUUCAUGUGCUACUAGCUGGUAAGGAUGCAUCAGCACUGUAUUCCUGGAACUUGGAAGUAAACCAGUUUUCCCUAGUGCUGGAAGCCCCUUCUGCUAAUCAUGUCGCUUCUGCUCUGGCAAAGUCACUAAAUUCCAGCAAAAGCUUAAUUGCUCUGUCUGGAGAUUCAUAUUCCCAGAUUUAUGAACUAACUACAGUCUCCAACCAGUCAGACUUCAUACCUAGUUCAGGUGAAUUGAUAUUUGAACCUGGAGACAUGGAUGCUGUGUUGGCAGUCAAUAUCCUUGAUGAUAUUAUCCCAGAGGAAGAAGAGUUCUUCAGUGUAUGGUUGAAAAACCCUAAAGGGGGUGCAGAGAUUGGUGCUAAUGGUUAUGUUAACAUAAUUAUUCCAUCUAAUGACCAUGCCCAUGGAGUCAUUGCAUUUGCACAGAUUUCUUUAUCUAAGCAAGUUGAAGAAAUGGAACAAGACAAUUUAAUCACCUUGAAUGUAGAACGUUUACUGGGAACAUAUGGCCGAGUUACAGUACAGUGGAUAGCCAAUGGGAGCAUUAGUGAUAUAUUUCCAGUUUCAGGAACGAUUACAUUUUCAGAAGGUCAAGCCCUGUCUACCAUCACCUUGACGGUUCUUGCAGACAGCAUCGCAGAACUUGCAGAGUCUGUUGUUAUCACACUUACCCAUGUCACUACUGUGGGUAUUCAGGAUCUGACAAGAGGAGCUAUCAUAGACUCGAAGAGGGCCAGGGCUGUGCUUACUAUUCUGCCUAAUGAUUCUCCUUACGGCGUAGUUGGCUGGCAUGCAGAAUCUCUCUUUGUUAAAGUUACAGAGCCUGAAGAGACUUCAACUAUUGUUACUUUACAAAUUCUUCGAGAACAAGGAUUUGUUGGAGACAUUUCAGUGCAGUUAAGUUCAAAGCCUAAUUUUUCACUCCUGCCGUCCAACCAAGCCACAAAAAAUGAAGAUUAUAUAAUAGAAGAGGAAACAAUAAUUAUGGCAGAGGGCACAACAGUGGCUUAUGUCAGAGUCACCAUUUUGCCUGAUAACGUUCCAGAAUUACAUGAAGGAUUCAUAAUCAAUAUUACUGAUGUGCAGUUGGUAGACUCUUCUCUCACUGGAGGGCAGCCAAGCGUGAAGAGACCUGGGUUAGAAAUAGCUGAGAUAAUGAUUGAAGAAAAUGAUGACCCCAGAGGAAUAUUUAACUUCAAUGUUACCAGGGACAUAAGUGGAGCUGUUCCUGGUUAUGAAGUGCCUCCACCGGAGAAUGUACUGAAGCUGCCAGUGAUUCGGAUGGCUGGGAGGUUUGAAUCAGUAGAUCUCUAUUGGGAAGCAGUACCUGCCACUGCUAGCCUGGAAGACUUCACUCCAUCAUCUGGAAUCCUUACAUUUUCAGAAGGACAAGCCACUGGAGUAAUAGAAAUCACAAUAAUAGAUGACACUGUAGUUGAAUUUUUAGAGACAUUCAGCGUCACCUUAAUCUGGGUGACAGGUGGUGCCAGGCUUGGGGAUGAUACCACAGUGACUAUAUUUAUUCCACCAAAUGAUUCUCCUGUUGGAGUAUUUGGAUUUGAAGAAAAAAGUGUAACAGUUAAGGAGCCAGAGUCACCUGGUGACCCUGCUGCAACUGUGUUUCUCACUGUUAGUCGGAGUCAAGGAGGAAAGGGUGAAGUCCGAGUGAUAUGGAUUCUUGAGGAAGCAGCCAGAUAUGACCUUACUCCUUUGAAUGGGACUCUUCACUUUAAUGAGACUGAAUCCCAGAAGACAAUUGUUUUACAUGCCAUACAAGAUGGCCUGUUGGAGGGGAAUGAAAUGUUUACAGUUCAGCUAGUUUCUACUGGUGAGGCAGAAAUAUCCCCAAUAAACGGUCUGGCAACCAUCAUUAUUCUUGGUGAUCAGGGAGCUUCUGGGGUUGUCGGGAUAUCUCCAUCAUCCAAGCAUAUUUUCAUUGGGGAGCCCUCCAGAAAUUAUAGUGGAACUGCAUUUAUUGGUCUAGUACGUGGUCCAGGGAUUUCUGGUGAGGUCACUGUAUACUGGAAUAUAACACCCCCUCUUCAGAAGGAAUUUGCUGAGAUAUCAGGGAUCUUGACGAUGCGAGAUGGGCAGUCUGCAGCUGUUGUAUUAAUACAGGCUCUAGAUGAUAACGUUCCUGAAGAGAAGCAUUACUACGAGUUUCAGCUAACUGGAAUCAGUGAUGGAGGCAUUAUAGAUGAGUCUAGCAGCACAGCAAAUAUCACUAUGGUUGCUAGUGACUUCCCCUAUGGGCGGUUUGAAUUUUCACAGGAGCUAUUUCAGACAACAGAAGAAGAAAAAUGGGUAAACAUCAUAAUUUUCCGUUCCGGUGGAUACUAUGGCCAAGUGAAGCUCUGGUACAAGACGUUAAAUGGAACUGCAGAGGGGGGCAUGGAUUUCACUUCCACUUCAGGGGAGCUUGUAUUUGAGCCAGAUGAGAUGAUGAAAAAGAUUUCGAUUGAAAUUCUUGAUGAUGACCUUCCUGAAGGUCCUGAAGAAUUUUCAGUUAUAAUUACCAAAGUGGAGCUCCAGGGAAGUGGAUUUGAUUUUACUGUUAGAGAAGAUGGACUACAGGUGGACCAGCCCCCAGAAAUAGGAAAUGUCUCCACAGUUCGAAUCAUUAUAACAAAAAACGACAAUGCAGAGGGUAUCAUUGAAUUUGAUCCACAGUAUAUCUCUCUGCAAGUGGAAGAGGAUGUUGGGAUGAUCAUGAUUCCUGUACUGAGAAAGCAUGGAACUUAUGGCUAUGUGACAGCUGAUUUUAUCUCUCGAGGUAUUACUGCACUCCCUGGUGUUGACUACAUUGUGAAUAAUGAUUCUGUAAUCUUCCAUCAUGGCCAGAACCGGAGCUUUAUCAAUGUUUCCAUCAUAGAUGAUGAUGAAAGGGAAUCUGAUGAGCAGUUUGAAAUCCAGCUGAUAGGAGCCACUGGUGGAGCAGUCCUUGGGCUCCACCUAGUGAGCCAAAUCACUAUUGCAAAGAGUGACUCCCUUACCGGAAUUGUCCGAUUCCUCAACCAAAGCCGAAUUAUUCUGCCCAACCCCGAUACAUUGAUGACACUGUCCUUGGUUCUGGAAAGAACUGGGUGGUUGGUAGGAGACACCCAGAUACAUUGGGACAUUUUAGGACCCAAUUCAGAAGAAGUUUUAUCUCCCCUGAAUAGUGACAUUGGUGACCCUGUGAAUGGUUCAUUCUAUUUUGGAGAAGAAGAAGGAGGUCUAAGAACUAUUAAUCUGAAAAUCUACCCUCAUGAAGAAGUUGAAGUCCAAGAAACGUUCAUUAUUAGACUGAGCCUUGUGAAAGGUGAAACUGAAAUAGACCAGAAGGCAGCCAACAUUACAUUACUAAUACAAAAGUUUGGUGAUCCCAAUGGGAUUGUGCAGUUUGCUCCUGAAUCAUUAUCUGAGAAGAAGUUUGAAGAGCCAUCAUCAUUGGAAGGACCACAGAGUAUUACAUUUGUCAUUGAACGAGUCCAAGGCACUCUGGGAAACAUAACGAUUUACUGGGAAUUGAGUAGUGAUUCUGACAUAAAGGAUGACUUCCUUGCAACAAAGGGAUCUGUCUUCAUUGCUGACAAACAGAGUACAGCUGAGAUCAUUCUUCACCUCUUACCAGAUGAUGUUCCAGAAUUAAAUGAGACUUAUAUGCUGCAGCUGAUUUCAGUGGAAGGAGGAGCAGAUUUGGAUCUAGAGAAGGGCAUUACAAAAAUCAUUGUCUUUGCAAAUGAUGAUCCCCAUGGAGUAUUUGCUUUGUACUCUGAUUGGCAAUCAGUAUUGGUGGAGAGGGAUUUCAGUCGACACAUUCAGAUUAAUGUAACUAGGCACGCUGGGGCAUUUGCAGAUGUGAUUGUUGAGUACCGAAUCUCAUCUCCUCAUCAAGAACUAUUAACUGCUCCUGAGCAUGCAGUGGGACAUCUAUUGGUUCAAGACAGUGCAAGUUUUGGAAUGAAGAGAGUGCCAAUAAGCAGUCAGGUGUUUCUUUUACUGGGCUCAAAUUUUACUCUGGAACUAACCAAUGCAAGCCUGGUUGAUGGAAGUGCCAAGUAUGUGCCUAAAAUAUUAGCAGAAGCAAAAUCAGUUACUCUGUCUAUCCCUGAGGAAGCUGCCAAUCCUCAGGUUGGCUUUGAUUCUGUUAUUUUACGACUUACAAACAUUAUAGCAGGGACAGGUCAAGCUGUGGUAACCAGAAAAGGAAUGUAUGGUCCUGUAACAGUUAGCUGGACUUCUGGAUACCCACAUGGGUUAAUCCCAGAAUUUGUUCAUCCAGGCAAUAUUAUACCUGCAUUUGGAGAUGUUACAUUUUCCUAUGGCGAACAAAGCAAAGUAAUUUUAUUUCAUAUUAUUCCAAGUCUAACUACACAUGAGGCAUUUGCUAUUCAUCUCUCAGCAGCACACAGCAACGUGUCGGGUGGGGCUCGCCUGAGAUGGGGAUUCACUGUAGCUGAAAUUGAGCCAAUGGGUGUCUUCCAGUUUUCCUCUAACUCAAGAUAUCUUUCUGUUGAAGAAGAUACACAGGCGAUCAAAUUACAUGUUCAAAGACUGUUUGGUUUUCAAAGCAACCUAACAAAAGUGACUUACCAAACUACUGCAGGAAGUGCCAAACCUCCUGAAGACUUUGUACCUGUUCCAAGUGGAGAAGUUGUGUUUGGACGUUUUCAGGCAGAGGCUGUAUUUGAAAUAAUGAUCAUUGAUGAUACAAUUUCAGAGAAAGAUGAGGACUUUUUUGUAAAUUUGACUUCAGUGGAAGCUUUGGACAUUCAGCAAUUUCAUCAUAAUUGGAAGCCCCGUUUAAAUCCAGAUUUUAGUGUCGCAACAAUUACUAUAUUGGCUAAUGAUAUUGUUCAAGGAAUCCUCAGUUUGGGGCCAGGGGUUAUUUAUACUGAAGAAGACACAAACAACAGUACACCUAAUACAGUGAUACUUCACAUCAGAAGGACCCAGGGACUUGCUGGGGAUAUCAAAGUAACUGUUAAAACCUUUGGAGAAAAAAGUGCACAUAGUGGGAUAGAUACAUUUCCUUAUGAGCAUGUCUAUGGAAAGUCAAAUCUUACAUGGGCAACUGAAGGAAUAGACUUUGAAGAGCAGACUGUGGAUCUGACGUUGCUGGAUGGAGAAGGAGAAAGCAAAGUGUCCAUCAGAAUUCUUGAUGAUGAUGAGCCUGAAGGGCAGGAAUUCUUCUAUGUUUUCCUUUCUAACCCUCAAGGUGGAGCUCAAAUUGUAGAAGGAAAGGAUGAAUAUGGGUUUGCUGCAUUUGCAACAAUAAUUAUCAAAGGAAAUGAUCUUCAAAAUGGCAUUUUGGGAUUCAGCCCGGAGGUACAAAGUGGCCUUGUGCUUGAUGAAGAUUCUGAAAGCAGAGAGGUGCAGCUCAUUGUCACAAGGCAACCAAACAGGGCCUUCGAAGAUGUGAAGAUUUUCUGGCGUGUGACCUUUAAUAAAACAACUGUUGUCCUUAUGAAGGAUGAAGUAAACCUGGCAAAUGAAUUGGUAGCUGUGGUAGGGACAACCACCUGCAUUACAGGUCAAACUACAUGCAGUAUCUCCAUUAAAAUAAAGCCUGAUAAUGUACCUGAAUUUGAAACUUAUUUUUUUGUUGAGCUGUAUGAAGUAAGCUCAGGAGCAGCAUUGAACAACAGUGCCAGAUUUGCUUACAUAACUGUCCCAGAAAGUGAUUCUCCUCGUGGCCUGAUAUAUUUUGCUGUGGGGUCUCGUCUGGCUGUAGCUCAUAAAAAAAACACUUUAGUCAGUUUGCAGGUGGUCAGAGAUUCUAGCACAGCACUCACCAUCUCGGUUGGCUACAGGACACAGGAGCUGAAAAGACCUGAAACUUCAUAUCACACCUUCAUAUCUCCAGCCAUUGCAGGACAGGAUUUUAUUAGAUCUGAAGGCAUAUUGACAUUUGAACCUGGACAGAGAAGUUCUGUGCUGGAUAUAACACUGACUCCAGAAACAGGAUCCUUAAAUCCAUUUCCUAAAUGUUUCCAGGCCAUACUUUCUAAUCCUACAGGAGGUGCCAGAGUAGAUGAUACAUAUGGUAUCGCCAACAUCACAAUUGUUGCAGAUGCAGAGUCCCUGUCAGUAUGGGGGCUGUUGGACCAGCUGUACCAACCACUUGAUGAGACCAUUUUGGAUAGGGUCCUCCAGAAUGUAAACAUCAAAGUAGCCACAGAAACUACAGAAGAGCAACUCACUGCUGUGAUGCACAUAAUAGAUAAGGUAGCAGCUGAAGGUGAAAAACAGAUCCUCGUUGAUAAAAACCGAAGUCUGUUCUAUGAAAUACUCUGUGCUCUUGCUAGCCCAAAGCGUAAGGACACAAGAGGAUACAGUCUGCUAGCUGAAAUUACUGAGAAGUUUGCCUUUUCCCUCUUGACCAAAAUAAAAUGUGGAUCAUCUGGAGAAAAAGGUAAAACCAUACUUGACAGCUGCCCAUAUAUUGCAAUUAUGGCCCUCCACUGGUACCCUCAGCAAAUCAACGGACACAAGUUCGAUGGAAAAGAGGGGGAUUCUAUCCAGGUUCCUGAACGCUUGUUGGAGGUCUCUGUUGCCUCUUCUGUUCCUGGGGAUGAGAAGUGUAAAUUUGUGCAGUUCACAGAAUACAGCAGCCAGCAGUGGUUUGCAACGGGUAAUAAAGAACCUGCCCUGAAAAACAAGAUAUUUUCACUAAGUUUGAAAGGCCAGAGCUCACUCCCACUGAAACAUAGCAAUGAGGUUAUCUAUCGAAUUUAUGCUUUGGACAGUCGUAUUGUCCCACAUAAAUCUCUCUGUCUCCUUUGGAAUCAGGCUGCAGGAAGCUGGUUGUCUGAUGGUCAGUUCUGCAGAGUGGUUGAUGACACUUCAGACUAUGUGGAGUGCUCCUGCUCUCACAUGUCCAUUUAUGCAGUCUAUGCACAGACGGACAAGCUGUCCUCGUACAAUGAAGCUUUUUUCUCUUCUGGAUUCAUCUGUAUUUCAGGUUUCACUUUGGCUAUUAUUUCACAUCUUUUCUGCACCAGGAGUUCAAUGUUUGCAGCUAAACUUCUUACUCAUAUGAUGGUUGCCAGUUUGGGUGCUCAGAUUUCAUUUCUUGCCUCAGCUUACAUUAGUCGAGAGCUCUCACAGGAAAGCUGCUCUAUACUGGGAGCUCUUAUGCAUUACCUUUAUCUUUGUCAGUUCAGCUGGAUGCUCAUUCAGGCUGUUAACUUCUGGUAUGUCCUGGUGAUGAAUGAUGAACACACAGAGCGGCGCUAUCUGGUUUUCUUCGUUUUGAGUUGGGGACUUCCAGCUUUUGUUGUGAUCCUGCUUUUAAUUAUUCUGAAAGGGGCCUAUCAUCAGAGCAUGGCACAGAUUUAUGGCCUUGUCUACAAUGACCUGUGCUUUAUUCCAAAUGUCUACGCUGCCCUUUUCACUGCUGCUUUGGUACCACUCAUGUGCCUGGUGGUGGUAUUUGUUGUAUUCAUCCAUGCCUACCAGGUAACUCCUCAGUGGAAAGCAUAUGAUGAUGUUUUCAGAGGAAGAACUAAUGCCGCAGAGAUCCCAUUGGUCUUGUACCUGUUUGCCCUAAUUUCCAUUACAUGGCUGUGGGGAGGACUGCACGUGGCUUACAGGCACCUCUGGAUGUUAGUCUUCUUUGUCAUCUUUAAUAGCCUGCAGGGACUUUAUGUAUUUGUAGUAUAUUUUAUCCUACACAAUCAACUGUGUUGUCCUGUGAAAGCGAGUUACACUGUGGAUAUGAAUGGGCACAGCACUCCAGGCUCACCCUUUUUUACCCAUGGCAGUGGCAUGCCAGCACCAGGAGGAGAAAUCAGCAAAUCUACUCAGAAUCUAAUCAGUGCUAUGGAGGAGGUAUCAGCAGACUGGGAGAGGGCAUCCCUGCAGCCAGCCAGUCAAGCCAGUGCUGCCUUUAAGCAGAGUCCGCAGAACGGUGCUGCUUUCCAUACUACUGGAGGAUUUAGUAACGGCUCAUUGAUGACUGAUGAGGAGUCACAAGAGUUUGAUGACUUGAUAUUUGCUUUAAAGACUGGUGCAGGCCUCACUGUUGGUGACACGGACUCCUGCCAUGGCAGCCAGGAUGGAGGCAGCAUGGCUAACUCCCAGAUUGUAGAACUUAGAAGAAUACCCAUAGCGGACACCCACCUCUAACUCCACUGUUUGGUUGUUUUGGUUUUUUUAAUUCAAAUCUCCAUAUUUUUAUAUUUGUAUUUCCUUUUGCACUAAAACACUGUAUGCAUCUGUGUAGUAGAAUUCUGUGAGCUGUACUGGGCGAUUAACAAGAAUGCUUGUUUGUUUGUAUAUCAGAAAAUAAACUGUACAUUUUUUACAGUGGCUGAGCAUCCACAGAUACAAUGGCAAUUGGCCCAGGUUUGUUUUCUGUAACGAGAUGCAUAUAUUCCAUGAACUGUAGCUUUUUUUAAAAAUUAACCUGUAUGUGUAACACUGUUUAAUAAAAAUGAUAGCGUC